CUAGUUGUUUUACUGAACGUUGAUAUCGAUUACCAUGUUCGCGUGAAUAAUCAUGUAAGUUUCCUCGAAGCUGCAGGUUUCGCUCAAGAUGGGGGAAAUGGUCUGUGGAUAUCAUAAAUAGAUGGAUCGUCCGAUUUUCAAGUUAAGCUAUCGGCUUGUUUUUCUUGUCACAUUCUUAAUCACAUUCGGUAGCUGUUUGGAUUCAAAUUCACCUACCCCCUCAUGUCUUAGUAUGUCAGAACGAUCGAAAUGGAAUAGAUCUUUUCACUUUAACAACCAGGAGCUCCGUCUAAAGUUGGAAGUCACAAACCGAUCGUCGCAUUGGAUUGUCAACUACAUAUUUGAGAUAUUGGCACGUGAAAGACUUGGCUAUCAGUUUAUAGAAUUUGUCAAACAGGAUAUGGAUCAUCCUAGACUAGCAAUUAGUAGAUUAGAUUGCAAAGAUUCUAACUGUUACAAACUACCAGAUGUUCACAUAAAUCUUGAAUUAUGGCUAUCUUUGGGAACGAUAACAAGUUCUUGGGUCCCAAAUAAUAGAGUGAUCGAUAAUGGACCAUUAGGUCCAACUAACCGAUGGGCUAUUUCAUCAAGGGAAGAGUUUAUGUCGCAGGUCUCGGCAUUGACAGAGACACAGUCUGAUUGUCGUGAUAAACCUUUACCAACUAAUUCUCAAAUUCCAUUAUCACAAACUCGAUUUCAAUCAAAAUGUGAUCUGGAUAUGUGCUAUGCUUCCAAAUUCCGCAAUGAGUUCAUCCGUUAUUUCACUGGAUCAGAAAUUCCAUCUAAAGAGUUUGAACACUUUCCAAACUUACACUCUUCAUCUUCUGUCAUGUCAAUUAUUAAUUGGUAUCCACAUGAACUUGGCUCUCCUCCCUUACCUUCGGGACUACACUUUUUGGGGAAGAAAAGCAUUUUAAACUCAACAGAAAUAAAAACUGCGCUUGAUAAGAUUUAUCACUGUAGUCGGCAAUAUUCAGGCACCUUAUCUUACCUUCAGAAUUCAAAGAAGUCAUCUUUUUGCCAGUUUGAGUCACAGCAAGCUACAAAAUUAUCAUGGGCCAAGCUAAAGAGCACUGUGCCUCUCAUUUAUCAAUUAGUUGACCGGAUGCAUUUUUCCCAGUCGGAGUAUGAAGAUCUACUGAAAUUAGCUAACAACUUAGAUCCGAACUCUGGCCAGGAUCUACAGUCUCAGUAUAGAGAUAUUGCUUGCAAAUGGCUUCGUUUGUCUCCGACUCGUUGGGCUUCGUGGACAAAAGGUUGGAAUAAAAAGCUAAAUCUUACGGUUGCCGGACUUUUCGCUUUCUAUGGGAAAUGGGUAGUUUCGAAUUUAGACCAUGUUGCUGAACAAGCUAUUAAUUUUGUCAACCAUAACCCUGAUUACUUUAGCAAUACUGAAUAUGCAUUGACGCUAGACGUUCGUAAUCUUACCUGUUCUCAGGACGUUGUAUUAAACGAUUACUUUGAUUUACUGACAGCUUCAAAAAAUAGGAAAAUUAUUGGAGUGAUCGCUGCUCUGUGUUCGGAUUCAAUAGAACCAGUUGUUGAGGUAGCUAACAUGCGUCGCCAGAUUGUUGUUAGUCCAACCGUUGAAUCAGUCCGUUUUGCAAAACGUCAUCAGUAUCCGUACUUUUUUCGUACUGUUCCAUCAAUGACACAUGUGAGCUUAAUCUUGAUUAGAUUAUUCAGUAGUUGGGGUUGGCGUCGUGUUGCUGUGUUUCGUGAAGACGAUCAUUUCUUUGAUCCUUUGAUUUUUCAGUCGAAUGGUAUAGAUCUUAUUGCUGACUUUGUAAUGAAGGAAAAUCAACUCACAUACGUUACUGUACAUCAAGCUUUGAAACUUAUGAACGAUCGUACUAGUCGUAUCUUCAUGGUUGAAUAUUUUGCUAAAGGUACAGCCAUUAUAUUAUGUGCUGCAUAUCACUUAGGAAUGCAUUUUGAUGCAGGUUAUGUCUGGUUUCUUAAUCCUUGGUUAUCAAGCAAUUGGUGGCAGGCACCUGAUGUGCAUCCCAGAGAAUGUACUCAUGAAGAAAUGCAUAACAUAACUUCGUGGACUUUUACGGUUGGACAUCAAUUGAUUAUGGAACCAUUGGCUCACAAAUUUAUGCCUUCUUCAUUCAACGAUGUGAAUUUAUUUGCUUUUGACUCAUCGUCUCAUAAGCAACAGGGCACUGGUCGACGAUUCCGUCGGUAUUCAACUCAGUAUGCACAAGAUUUGCGGAUUCGUAAAUUCAAGCAUCCCUUAUUUAAUGGUCAUUUUACAAAUAACUAUGACGAUUCACCUUCAGAUUCCGAGUUACAACGUUCAGUUUUUAAUACGAAGAGUGAAGACGUUGAGUAUGUUCAUUCUUCUCAUGAUUACGCAAUACAUACAUAUGAAUCUGUUAUUGUUCUAGCUGCAGCACUUAUUCACUUAUUACAUCAAAAUCCAAGUGCUAUUUCCGUUUUUGAAUCAAUGUCAGUUGCGGAGGCAUAUCGAGAGUUAGUUUUUGAAACAGACUUUAGAUAUACUAUUUCGUCAAGAUUCAUUAUGGAUGAUUCUUUUACAAAUCCAGUUAUUUCAUUGGACACGGGUUUCCACUAUGUAUACCGCAAAGAUGAAAUUAAAUCAGCUUCUCAAUUACGUUUUAAUAAUUUAAAUGAGCGUGUUGCUGAUUUUUGGCUUCUUAAACAACAUCAAAUCAAUAUCACUGUUCCCAUUGUAUUAUGGAGUUUAGACCAAGAGUUUAUAAGCGACGAUAAUUCUAUGCCUUUGAGUUCUUUAAUGGAUGCAGCUGAUCUGACUAACUUAGCGGCUUCUGAGCGUUUUGCCCAACUAAUGGGGGAACGCUGGAUUAACGAUGUGAAUUGGGGUAAUAACGAUGGACCACCAGAUGAUGGAUCAGAACAUGACGAUGACUGUGUGUUUGGAUUCGUAAGCAGAAUUUUCGGUGUGAAUUGUACUGGCUCUACUGUGAUCGCUACUAUUUCGAUUGUGCUCUCUGUAACAGUAUUAUGUUUAAUCCUGUUUAUUGUUUACUAUCGACGCAAACUAAAGAAAACACAAUUAAGAAUUCGUCAACCAUAUGAAAACCUUUGUAAUGAACUAAAAGAUAUUGAUAUUCCACCUGCCGACAUAGUUUUGAAUCGUCGUGUUGGUCAAGGAGCAUUCGGUAUGGUGUAUGGCGGUGAGGCAAAACGCAAUGGGCGUUGGGAAGCAGUAGCUGUUAAAGUGAUUGGUAACAAAGCGACAUACGAAGGGAAAACAGAUUUCCUUUCGGAAGCAAAACUAAUGAGAAGUCUAGACCAUCGAAAUGUUGUACGUUUAGUUGGUAUCUGUUUGUAUCCGAAGGAAAAUCAUCUUUAUUUAAUCAUGGAAUUUAUGCUAAAUGGUGAUCUGAAGACGUAUCUUCUAUCUCGGCGUGUUUUAGCUCAACAAGUGCCUGAUCAUGACGGUGUUUGUCCAGCUACACUAACGGGUAUGGCGAUCGAUAUUGCUGAAGGUUUGGCUUACUUACACAGGAAAAAUUUGAUCCAUCGUGACAUUGCCUGUCGUAACUGUCUUGUUGGUUCUGAUGGGGUUGUAAAAAUUGGAGAUUUUGGUCUUACUCGUGAAAUGAAUAGUAGUGAGAACGAAGGUUAUUAUCGCUUUACUCGUAACUGUGAACUCCCUAUCCGUUGGAUGUCUCCUGAAGCUGUCCAGUUUGGUGUAUUUAGUGUUCAUUCUGAUAUUUGGUCAUAUGGAAUUGUUUUAUAUGAAAUUAUAACUUUUGGAGUGUUUCCGUAUGAUGGUUUAGGUGAUGUUGAAGUUGUGGAGCGUGUAAAGCGCAAAGAUUUUAGCAUAAUCGAAUUUUUGCCUUUAGCAGCAAGAAACACUACUAUCUCUCGAUUAAUAUAUCAAUGUUGUCAGCACCAAUGGCAACAUCGUCCGGCUUCACUUGAUCAUAUUAUAGCUAUUUUGCGAAAAAAUCCCGAUUGUGUCCGCCCGUUUCUUACAAAUGAACCACCGAAACCAAAUAGUACUAUUGACGCCCUUCGUUUUCAACCUGGUGCUGGUGCAUGUAUCAUGUCGAAAAAUACUCUUGCUUCUGGUGAUCCAUCUCCAAGCAACCCACUUACUUGUAAUACUACCUCUGAUGGCAUUCAUGGUUAUCCAAUAAGUUCUAGUAUCCGAGGUGUUCUCAGUGCGACAGGUAGCUUGGGUGGUUCCGGAAAGUCUCCAUUAGGUCAUCAUUCAGCAGAUUCGUUUUCAGAGAAUCUUAGUACAUCUGCAUUUCUAUCAUUUUUAUCAGAAGCCCCUUUGCAAAACUUAGGUCGACGUCGUCAUAAGACUGCUGACGGUUCGACGACGGCCUGUCGGUACCAAGGUAUUCGCCGAGGUACUAGUUCUUCUUCAUGCGGUCAUACGUUUCGUAGUUCAGAACACAGUUCUGGCGAUCGUUCCACCGCUGAAGAUCAACCACAUCUUACCAGUGAAGUUCUGAGAUUCCCUAAUUGGCAGAAGUUUGAUUCUUUUAGUCCUAAAUCAACUAUCUCAUUUGAGGAAAGAAGGUUAAAAAAUUACUCUAAAACAAGACAUGGUAAACCAAGUCCAAUCAGAAAAAUAUUUAGCAAACAAACUAGUGUAGGGGAUGAGCACAUGGAAUUAGUUUUGCCAAAAAAUCCAACCGAUUAUCGUCAUGUUCAAGAUUUGCUAAAUCAAUCUUUCGUUACACCUAUAAGCUAUCCCCAGGAUGAAUCAAAAACUAGAACUUCUCAAGGAGAAAUCGUGUAUGAAUGUGAGGAUUUUCAAAAUGUUCAACGGGAUAACAAUUUAGCGUUUCUAUCUUGGUAAGUAUAUUUGUCUAAUCAUUCUGCAUGCAAUACUUUUUGGUUACUGUUCUAUUAUAUUAUUUACUCAACACUUUUCAUUCAGAAUUUUGGAUUCAUAGAAGUAUUUAAGGUUGUAGAAAUCAAUAUGUUCUGAUUUAAUCUUGCAGUCAUUCUACAUUUUCGACUGUUUUAGUGUCUGCACAUUUAUUGUUGAAAAUCAUGGAAAAAUUCACGAGACAGUACUUUUGAAUUGUCAUUUAUAAAUAAUUAUUGCAUUGAAAAACGUGCUACGCUAUAGAUAGGGGGAUGCAUAUAAUAUAAAAUAUGAUAAAUAGUGUGUUGAUUAAAUGAAUGAAGGUCCUCAAAUGCCCUAGUACAUCCUAGGGUGGGGAGAGUCCGCUCUCCCUCGCGAAAUGCUGUCACAUGGCCACGCGUGUACGAACACUGCCAAGGAUUUCCUACUCAUUGCCUUCUCGCGGCGAGGUGUUGUUUACAAAAUUGAGAGGAUGAAAAGCGAAUGUCCGGCACUUUAACCGGGUUGGUGGACAUGAAGUUGGGAGUUGGGAAACCCUGCUUUCAAACCAAAGGUGCACGUGGGUUCCAGGAUUCUGAGGGAACAAAUGGUGUGUGAACUAAUUAUUGGUCACCGGCUACCAUGGUUCUCUCCUGGACAGUAUCACAGCCCAUAUACAAAUCAAAUGACUUGUGUGGCGCAAAUGUGUUUCGUCCCUCUUGUACUAAUUUUUGUGUUCAAUUAAAUAAAUAAACCGAACGAAGAUAUUAGUGAUAGAAAAUAAAGGAAAGCCUUAGCUUCUCUUCACACUUUUUUAUAUCUAUGCCACAGUUCAUUGCGAAAACUUUCAUAUUCAUUCAAUAAUUUUGACUUAAAUUCAGUUCCUGAAGGAAAUUAGGUCGUUGAAUCUUCCGGUUUUUUGGUAAUUUUUUUGACCUUAUCGUUAACAAAAAUAUAAUAUAUAUCACUAACUACUCAUCUGUCCGUAUUCCAUUCUGCUUUAACACUAGUGGAUAAUCUUUGAAGAACUCAUCAUUUCAAAUCACUGUUUGAAUAUAUCCUGUUAGAUAAAUUUGAGAUUACUUACAAAUAUCCACAGGUAAUAAUAAAAUUGGUAUUGUGUUUUCAUUGAGUAUAAUAUGGUUUCCAUGGAUACUCAUGAUGUAAAAACCAGUAGGUUUAUUGUUUUCAUAUAUAUUACUUAACUGUAGAGCACACGAUAUCAACAUCUUUUUUACGGUCAGUUCGGUCAUUUUUACUGUCUAUCAGCUUUUUAGGUGUUUUCGAUCAUUGUUUUCCUAUAUGCAAUUUACUGUUCAAAUUGUCCCAUUAUUUUAUCAUAAAAUUAGCGAAUAAUAUUUCCAAGGUAAUUGGGAAACUUACGGUUUUCAUUGUAUUCAGGAUCCAAGAAAUUGAAUAAAUCUGUAUCAUAACCGUCGAAGUUGUUUAUUUAGGAGUGGACUGUUUUUCAGCACUACAUUUUAUGGCUGUUGAAGUUCAUCUUUUGAACACUAGCAAUUGUUAUCCUUGUUCUUUAGACGAUAUAUAUAUAUAUAUAUAUUAAAAUUCAGUCAAGUUUCUGUAUAGUUAAGGAAUUUGCUUAGGAAACAACAAUAUUUCCCUACUUCAGUACUCAAUAUAUGAUAAGGGAAUACAAACAGCUACUCCGAAAAUGCGCUGGAAUUAUUCUAGGUGAUAUUUUCAGGGAAUCCAUUAUUUAAUAUUCCGAAAGUUUUCAGUUAGAAAAAGCUUUACUGCUGGACCUGCUACUUCAAAUGGGAAAAUAGUUUAGGAUUGAUGAACUGCCUUUUCGUUUUUCAGGAUAUUUUAGUAGGUCAUUUGUCUGUUAUCCAGGGACUGGGAGCUUAGACCAUCUUUCAACUCUUAAUUUGCACAAUUGCGUAGUAUUAUUAUCUUUUGAGCAUGUAAUAGAUUAUAAAACAGAGUCCAUUGUCCAACUGUAGAUCUCUAAAGUCAUCUGAGUAAUUGAAAUCUGUAUACUUCUAUCUGGCUUGUUUGGUCUUAUACAUAUAUCUAUCGAAAGACCUACUGCGUUUUUCGUGUUAGUUUCAAUAUAAGGUUUUUAUCUAACUGGAUGGGCCAUAAGAAUGAAUGAUUUUCAUGACCAACAUUCAUUUCUCGAUCUAAACCUGUCACUGCGCUAUCAGCGAAUUACUGACAGUACGAUGCAUAUGGAAAUUUCUCCUAGUAUCUGUUGUGCUUGUAUAUAUUUCCUAACGAAUAUAAGGUCGGUAUUUGUUCUCAAAGUAACUCUAUAGAAAAAUAAUGUCAAAUCCACUCCAACUCAUUCUUUUACUGAACAUACUUCCAUUAUUCUGUGUUCCUCAUUUUUGCUUGCAGAAGUAAAAGUAACUAUUAUCCGGUUAACAGUUUAUGAUAACCAAAUCAUCAGUUUUUCCCCACCGUUUCAAACUUCUGUCAGUCAUUCUGUCUCAUCACAUACCUUCUCAAAUUUUCCUACGUCAUGUCCAUCGAUUUUCAGUCCAAAUGCUUCAGAUAAUCAAAGAUCUACUGUUCCUUUAUCUAUUGCCAUCUCCCACUGAUAAACAUUGCAGCCCAAUCGAAAUGAACAAAUCUACUGAAUAUCAGCCUGUCACAUGUGUCUCUGAAGUUGUUUGCUUAGACACAGUCCUGGGAAAAACUAGCUUCAGUUGACGCAAGUUUUGGAGAUAGAACAACGUACUUCCAGUAAUUUUCGUGGUGUACCUAUCACAAAUACAAAGGAAACACGUAAAUCAGAACUAUUUCUACUUUAAUAGUCUGUUAACGUGUUUACUUGUCUAUUUGUAAUUUCCCGGUUUCAGAUAUCCUAUUUCAUUUCUACCUCAGUUUAUGAACAUGUGUAGUCUAACACCACAUUAUUAUUCGUUUGAAAUUUCAUUUAUUAUGUAUAUUGAGUAUGUAUUAUGUUAAUGAAUUUUUUAAAGAUGUGAAUGAAAUAAUUUUUUAUGAUCCAGGAAAAUGAUUUGUAUUAAAUAUUCUAAAAUUUAAUGGUAUACACUUUGUCUUGCUUCCGAAGAUACUUUCAUUGUUCACGUAAUAACACCAUAUUUGUAAGGGCUUAAUUAACAGUUAUCUUUCGACUUUGUAACAUAUUUUUUGGUAGUAAUAGUAGUUUCAUUUCAUCUAUGUGAAUUCUGUUCAACAGUGUCGAGAAAUUUACUUUUUUCCUGUAAAUUCGUUUUUGACGUAUAUGUACUAUAACGCGCCAACUAUGUGUAAUGGGUAGUAAAUUCAUUUGUCAAAUCAUAGAUUGUAUAUAGUUGGUUUAUUUUAUUAUAGUCAAUAUUUCUUAUCUUACAGAAUGAGAAAUCCUUUUAUAUAAUUUACUUGUAUAUUAUUCUCUGAGCUUGUUUUUAAAAAAUUGAUCUUAUUUGUAAUGACACUCUUUUUUUUACUGCGAUUUGUGUACCCUUUAUUUGUAUUUUCAGUAAAUACCAAAUAAACUUAUCAAGUUUAUGAUACCUCCUAAAGAUCUCAUUCAAUUCAUAUUAGUUUUUAACUUGAGCCUUUUUUUUAAAUAAAAAAACAUCCAUAACUUGUUGUAGAUGUAGCCUUACUUCAGAGUUCUAAACUAUGUUGUUACUUUAAAUCUUUCGUAUACCAGAUUUCUUCUAUCUUAUGUACUUGACGAACGGUAUGGCAAAUUCCCGUUUCGGUAAUCAAAAUAUUUUGGUUAUACCCGACUGUCGCUAGAAAAUUGCAAUAAUUCGUUCUGGUGAGAUUUGUAGAUCUAUUGUUUUUGAUUGAACCUUCAUCCGUCCCCUGAAAGCUUUCGGCAACUUAACUAAUACCAUAUUCAUACUUUAACAAUAAGUUUCAAUGUACUCUUUUUAGACAUUCGUUUAUGUAGGGUCAUGUAUGUUAAAAUAAUUCAGGUGAUUGACGCAAACAUAUAGUUUGUAUCGCAAUUCUAUUCAAAUGCAACCCGAUUUCCUUUAAUUGCGCAUGCAUUCUAGUGUUCAGUAAACCGUUUCAGAAUCAACUUGUUGUGAAUAUGUUGUAAAUGUUUAUUUCACCAUUAUGCUGUUGAUAACCUUUAAAUUUUCA